AUGAGGCCAACUGAUCUCAAAUUUCGUAGUCCUAAAGAAAAAACUCCUGAAUAUUAUGAUGUUGGGGUUACAAUUACAGGAAAUACUCUUUUUGCAUCUCCAAGUCGAUUAAGGCCAAAUUUUUCCAAAGCAUCAAGAUUCCCUCAAUAUGAAAUUAACGCCAAAAGAACUGGGUAUCGAGUUGGUCCUGGCUCCUACGAGCUUAAGCAAGAUAUCACCAAAAAAGGCCCAAUUUAUAAGAAAAAUCAUGCAGAAAAGGAUCUCUCAAAUAACGGGUAUUAUUACCUUGGCGAUCAAAUAGUUUUUGAGCCAUCAUUUGUCUUGAAAUCUAAAAGAGCAAGCAUAUUCCCUAUUAAAUUAACUGAAAUAAAUGUCAAUAUCGUAGUAUUAAUUGAAAAAUUCUUCAAAAUAAAUAAUAAAAAUAGUAUAAAUGAUAUCACCCCUAGGAUUGACGCUUCACAAGUGCUCCCAAAUCGUCCUCUACGGCCUGCAAGUGCCAUUGAAGCAGGAGAGAAAUCUCCAUGGUUUUUGAGAAAAUCAGUUGAUUUUACUCUUACAGACGAAACCAGAACAAAGACUCCACAGUCACCAGAAAGGCCAAGAACAAAGCCGAAUUUUCCAAAACGAGCAUUUAUUAGGUCACCUUAUUUCAGUACUCUGAAUCAUAAAAGAGCAAAUAGUUCUUUUGAAAAAUAUUAA